AUGGGCCACUACAAGCGUGACUGCCCCCAACCUCAGAGGGAAAGGAAUGGAAACUUUGGGAAUCAAAGAAUCCAACAACCUGGACAGGCUCGCUUUAUGAAGCAAAACCCUGGAGGCCCACCGCAGCAGCAGAACGGGCAAAACAAGGGAAAGCAGCCCAUUGGAACCCAUCAAGGCACUGGAGGACGUAUCUUUGCCCUACAGACUGAGGAGCAGGAACAGGAUCCCUCUGUGAUCCAAGGUACGCUAUUAUUGUACAGCACCUGUGUACAAGCUUUAUUUGAUUCUGGAGCAUCGCAUUCGUUUAUAUCUACUACUUGUGUAAUUGCCCUAGCACUAGAAACGGAACCCCUGAGCAAAAGUACGAAAGUAGUAUCACCAAUGGGAGGGAGCAUAACUGUUAAUCUAGUAUGUAGAGGGUGCGAGUUAGAAGUAGCCAACCUGCGCCUGACUUGCGAUCUCAGAAUGAUCGACAUGGUGGAUUUCGACGUAAUUUUGGGCAUGGACUGGCUAUCGGCUCACCGAGCAGUCAUAGACUGUCAUUAG